CCUUACUAUCAACUACAGUUGCUCUAAUAUUCAUAAACUCUUCUUCCCCCAAAGCCUGACUGACAUGGCGCUCCGUCUUAUUACGUGGGCCAAUCAAAUUUCUUAUGACAAGGCCAAAAUCCCUCAUCCUCUGCCACCUGACUUUAAGGAGCCCAAAGAGAACGUUACUGUUGAGUUAAUGGAAAAUAUUUUGAACAAAGUGGUGUUUGCAGGCGAUGAAAGAUACGAUACUGUUUUUGUCAACUCUCAGUGCCCGCCCUACCCCGAGUCAGACUCGCGGGCCGACCUGGCCAUCAAAUACAUCACCAAGGACAACAAACUCCAAACCUUAUGCAUCAUCGAGGCGAAGCGUCCUCGUGCAAGUGGCCAUUACAACACCGAUCUUGUUGAGGAGGAGGCUCUUGACUACUGCGAGGAAUUCUUCAAGGACCCGUCCCACGACUGCCUGUUUGUGUAUGCUGCUACCAUUAUUGGUGUUAAAAUCCGGUUGUGGAAGGUGAACGAAAAUGGGCGGAAACUCGAGGCCUUGUCCGAUAAUCCAUAUCGUGGUACCAGCAGCCACUACUUGGAUCUUGGUGAAAACGCUGAUGCAGAAAAGAUCAUAAAGAUCUUUCGCAAGAUGUUGACAAUCGCGCCAGAACCUUGGAUUUUCAAAGGGGACGAUAGUUUUCAACCAACGUCAAAAUCUGGGGCACAUCACCUUAAUAAGAUCGACACAAAUGCUCAGAAAGGUCUACCAUGCCACUUGGAGCCUAUUCCUAUUCCUCCUUUGGAGUUUCUUGGUUCAAGUCUACAGGCCCAAGAAGACACCCCGACCAUGGACUCUGCGCCAUUCCCGCCUCGAAACUAUACGAAAGUUGCAACUUUCCAUCGUACUCAUUCAGAUUGGUGCGAAUGGGUGCUAUACGAUGACCAGAAUGGCAGCGGCCCAUGCAGUGAAUGGUCUCUGGACAAUGGCUAUUUUGUCAAUGUUAAGCAGAAGCUCUAUACUGGUCAUGAUACACUCUGAGGCGCCCCCCAAAGGAGGCGAGACUUGGUAGUUCCUAAUUUUGCAAUAUAACACAAGGCAUUCAACAGGCUUUGGUAUAGUCUGCUACUAGUUGGUAUAGAAUGGAACGGCUUGUGAUCAUUA